ACAAAGUAUAAUCUUACAAAUACAGCUCUUUGCAAUUACUAUACUCAAAAAGCCAAAGGUUAAAAACAUUUUGUGCCAGCUUAGUAUAUUCAGACGCAGAGAUCACUAGGCGCGAAAAUUGUCAUGGCGAUUAUAACUGUCAACAUGACAGUUAAUAGUCAAUAGAACAGCAUGGUGUUUUGAUCUCACUUAGCCAAACUUGCAAUAUCUACUCAAUAAUUUGCAAUAAAUGUAUUAUAUAUAUUAUUAAUUUAAAACUGUUAACCAAUCAGCAUGAAGGGUGACCCGUGUUCAGUAUGCGAAGGAACCGACUUAAAGUUGCACGAUGGCUUUUAUUAUUGUGUAGAAUGUGGUACACAAAACACAAAUGUUAGGGAAACUGUCGUCGAACAAAAGGCGCUGGGAGAUGGCACAUUUGCCAUAGCAACUAGAAGAAAAAUCGUCAAACUUCAUGAUAGUAAAGUUCAAAUGAGCGGGGAAUGGUACAAGUGGCACACAUUUAACUUUAUAAUAUUAGGGUUAGCCGAUGAUCUUGUGGAGUUGGGAGCCAAACCAACGUUCAAAAUUAAACUAUUGUGGAUCUGGACUAGAUAUGUUAAGAAAUAUCAAAAGAAAAAUGAAAUAGGGUUAUCUAAUAAGACUCGAGAAGAAAACGAAACUCUAGCAACUUUUCUACAUGAAGAAGAUAGCGGAAGUGACCCUGAACCAGAAGACAAUGAACUAGACACAGAAGGAACAAAAAAGUCCAAAAGUAAAAAUAUAAUAGUUGACGGUUCUAAAAGAGACAUCAGACAAGUUUCCCGCGGCCUUAUACUAUCCAUGUUGUACCUAGCACUAAACUUAGAUAAAAGCCAAAUACAACUAUCCCAUCUAUACAGAUUCAUAAAAGAAAAAAGGUUGAAUUUCUCCAACUUAGAUAGGUUCAUCCCAGAGGAUAUUGAUCUGAAAAGUAUAGAGCAAUGGCUUAACUUCUUACGUAGUAAAAUAUGUAGUAUGCACAAGGUUCGCGCGCUGUCAAUGUCUUUGCUAAGAAAAUUAGACUUAGGAACACCUGUAGUGCCAGAUUUGAGGAAAAUGGUCCAUAAUUUUACAUCUGAACUUUGUCUACCAAAUGAUAUAAAACCGUUGAUUUUCUCGCUAAUGCAUUACCGCCCUUGUGACUUUCUUGAUAUAAACAAUAGAGCCAAAGAACAUUUAUCCAGGGUACCGGAUUACGAGGCUGUGGUCAUGGCGUAUGUUGUUGUCGCUAUGAAAAUGUGUUUCGGACUUGAUAGUGAUUACGAGAUUAAACUGUCCAAUAUCGUUGAUAAAAUUAACGAAGAAAAUAAUCUGUCGAAAUCACACAGAAUAGGAAAAUAUUCCGAGCGUAGUUCGAGGCUAUUUUCGUUUAGAGAAUGGUGUAGUUAUUUGCAGUUCAGAAAAAUUGUUUUAAAUAAAAAUUGUUUACAUAUGUCAGAGCAGAAUUAUUUGGAUAUUGAUGAUUAUGUGUACCUUGAACACAUGGAAGACCUGCAAGCUAAUAAAAAGGAACUGCAGGACGAAACAGCACAUGAUUUGGUCAAGAAAAUACACGUAGAGAAUGAUGUUCGUGUUAUUCCUAAAGAGCUGUUUUUACCGACUCUUACGCCUUUGACGGAAUAUACAGACAUUAUAAUAGAGUAUACUCAGGAUCCCGAGAAAAGAGUCUUACUCAGUGAAGAUUUUACACAAUACUCGCUUAAGUACGCUUGCGAAGACUUAAAUCUAGAGGAUGAAACGAAUGGUAAUGAAAACAUUAUCACAGGUGUCAGUGAAAACAGAAAAACUGUGCAAACAGACAUACUUGGUACAAUAGUUGUUAAGAAAAGCAAAACUAAAAUGGUUUACGUUAAGAAUUGUGAGAAUAGGAAUUGGAUGAUUACCAACCCACCGACGAUAGAGCAUGUGACGUCUGAUGAGCCGCAGACCGAUACCAAUGAUAAAGAAAGUGAUUUAGGAUAUGAUUCGGAGAAUCCAGCAACUGAAAGAGACGGCAGUAUCGAAAAUGUGUCUGUUUCCACUCAGAACAAAGAUAAAGAUGGGCAAUCAGAUAAAGACAGCACUAUUGAUGAAGUAUGUGAUAAAGAUAAAGAAGGCCAACCAGACAAUGAUAAAGAACAAACAGUAGAAGAUGAAAAUAAACAUAAAAGAAAAGUAAUCAUAACAGAAGAAGAUGCUGACAAAAACAUAUUUGACGACAAUUUCAUAGAACUCGACGCGAAAGACGAAGUAGAACAAGAUUUUUACGACGAUUUAGAUCCCCAACACUUACAAUGCACACCUGAAGAUGGACAAAACGAGUUUCCCAACGACGACCUAGACAAUGCUAGCGAUAUAUCAGAUCAUAGUACUGCCAAACCUGAUUUCAAUCCAGAUACUUUUGAUAGAGAAAAAGUUAUAAAAGAACUGAUAUUAAUGGCCUGUGCUAAACAUAAGAUUCCAGUACCUGUUGAGUAUAAACCGAAGGAACCUAGGAAGAGGAGAGUAGACAUGUUUGGUAACGAAGCAGGACCGAGUGAACCGAAAAGAAGGUCGAGAGCAAGUCGUCGCGAUAGUAAAAGAAAGGUAGAAGAAAUUAUGAGUAAUUACUACAAUCAUAUGUACAGUGAUGCGCUUAAUAAAAUGCAACAAGAACUCGGCUUAGCUAUACGAAAAACAACAUUUGAAGAUAUUAUGAAUGGAACUCUAAAUAUGAAUCAAACCCCGCCUAAUAUUGACCAAAAUAGUGAAAUUGUAUCUAACUCUCAAGAACGAAUUUCAAUUUUCACUGAUAAUGGAUCAAUACAAAAUGACAAUCAAUCAAUUGUAACUCCUCAAAAUGAUGUGGUUGAGCCAAAUGACAGUCAAGCUGAAGAGGAUCUAGACGAAAAUUUAGAAUCGACAUUAUUUGACGAAGACGAUCAAAUUAUAUUAGACGAUCAGCCAAAAGGUGAUCCGAAGUUUGAUGAAGAAAAGUAUGACGUAAAACAGCUUUACAUCAAAAUAAAACCCGAUGAAGACGAAGAGGACAUUUUCGAUUUACACGAAGACCCAAAAUUCCAAGAAAUGAUCACAAGUAAAGUCGAAGAAAAUAAAAACAGCAGAAAGUAUUAUAAACUGAAAGCAGAGCCUAUUAAAACGAAAUAUGAAAGCGAUUCUGAAGAUGAAAUACCAUUAAAAGCUAUACAGGAAGAAAAGAAAAUGUUUGAAGAAAUGAUGGCAGCUGAAGAAAAUUUUGAGCCUUUGAUAAAUAAGUUGUAUUUACCAGAGUUUAAGUACUGGAUAAGACAUUAUCACAGAGACUAUAUGACGCGUUCCAUGGAUUUACACAAGAAGUUUGAUGAGGAACUCAAAGAAAAUACUCCUGCUAGCUUUUACUUUGUUUUGCAUGAAUGCGCGGCAAUCCUAAACUGUUCGACCUUCUAUCUUUAUAAGGAAUUGUAUAAUUUGGAACAUUAUUGUGUGAUAAAAGUUAAGAAUCCGGAUUAAAGCGGAUUACGCGCUUGAGGCAAUCGGUAUCGAUUGCUCCAAGCCACUAUUGCGAGGUAAACUACUAACUCAGUACUCUAUGUAUGAAAAUGUUUGGAGUGGCUUAAAGCCAUUUAAUUUAUAUCCAAA